CCAAUUACGGGAAGCAACGUCAUUUUCCAGCUCAUUAGUAGAUCGCCGUUACCUGCAGAAGGUGAGCCGGGCCUGGUAUAGGGGGGCAUACGGAGGUGAAUGGCGGCUAACCAGGUAGCUAACGCUGGUAGAUAUCACCAUAGCUACAACACUUUAGAGGUUAGAUUUUAGUUGAGCACGUGCGCUUUAAGGGUUUUUCAGUCGACGCUGCAGUCGCCGUUAAUUGCCGUUAACUUAACCGCCAUGUCAGAAAAGGCUCCACUUCUACAUUACCGACUCACCACCAGCACCGGUCCGGAGCCGAGAGAUGUAGCCCAACACAGCCGGGCCAAGGCGGACAGAGACGGUCGACGGUCCAAGGACAAAACCGCCCGAAAGCUCGGAGUGGUGUUUGGAGUGGUCAUACCAACUUUACUGUCCAUGUUCAGCGUCGUCGUCUUCCUGCGAAUCGGAUUUGUUGUGGGUCAAGCAGGGCUCUAUCAGUCUAUUGCCAUGUUCCUGGUGGCCUACUUCAUUAUCACCAUGACUGUGCUUUCUGUGUCCGCCAUCUCCACCAAUGGAGCUGUAGACGCUGGAGGCGCCUACUACAUGAUCAGCCGAGCCCUGGGUCCAGAGUUUGGCGGCAGCAUUGGGAUCAUGUUUUUCUUUGCCAAUGUGUGCGGCAGUGCUCUCUACAUUUUGGGUCUGGUUGAGGCUAUCGUGUCUGUCUUUGGCAUCCCUGAAGAGGGUGCUGCAGCUGUUGCAGGUCAUCAUCAGGUGUUGCCUUCAGGAUACUGGUGGUCUGUGCUUUAUGGUACUGUCCUGCUCUUCCUGUGUUUCAUUGUCUGCUUGGUGGGAGCCCACAUCUAUGCCAAAGCCACCUUUAUCAUUUUCAUCAUAGUCAUGACAGUCCUGGCUUCCAUAUUCGUCAGUUUCUUCAUUGUGGGGCCUGUUAUGGUUUUUCUGCCAGAUACUUCUGUUCUAAAUAGCACCAGCCUGACCACCGCCAAUUAUACUGGUUUCCGGCUCCACACCUUGAAGGGCAACCUAUUGCCCAGUUACACAGCAGACUACACCACCGGAGCCAUGAUGAGUUUUGCCACUGUGUUUGCUGUCAUGUUCAAUGGCUGCACUGGAAUCAUGGCAGGCUCCAACAUGUCAGGUGAUCUGAAAAACCCCAGCUAUUCCAUCCCAAGAGGAACUCUUGCGGCUGUCCUUAUAACUUUCAUCACAUACAAUCUGCUUAGUCUGCUGGCUGCAUGGUCCUGUGACCGUCACCUACUCCAAAGAGACUACAGUUUCCUGGGAGACAUCAAUAUAUGGCCGCCCCUGGUGACAGUCGGGAUUUACUCCUCCACUAUGUCUGCUGCCAUGAGUAAUCUGAUAGGAGCCUCCAGGAUCCUAUAUGCUCUGUCCAAAGACAACCUGUUUGGUGGUGUCCUGGCUCUAGCGAGGAAAACAUCUCGGAGUGGGAACCCUUGGGCCUCUGUGCUGGUCUCCUGGUUGCUUGUACAGGUGGUGCUGUUUGCUGGUAAAUUGAACACCAUAGCUGGUAUUGUAACUAUCUUCUUCCUGUUGGUCUAUGCUGCUGUGAACCUGGCCUGUUUGGCUCUCGAAUGGGCUUCUGCACCAAACUUCAGACCCUCAUUCCGUUGUUUUACCUGGCAUACUUGCACACUGGGCAUCCUUGGCUGCCUGGUCAUGAUGUUCCUGAUCAGUGCCAUUUAUGCCUUUGCCAGCAUAGCCUUUAUGCUGCUGCUCGUGAUGCUUAUCCACUACCUUGGUCCCAUCAGCAACUGGGGAUACAUCAGCCAGGCUCUCAUCUUCCACCAGGUACGUAAGUACCUGUUGAUGUUGGAUGUGCGUAAAGACCACGUGAAGUUCUGGAGGCCCCAGGUCUUGCUGAUGGUGGCAAAUCCUCGCAGCUGUACAGGUCUCAUGACCUUCAUUAAUGACUUGAAGAAAAGUGGCCUCUAUGUACUGGGACAUGUAAGGCUGGGUUUACUAGAUGAGUUGCCCUCUGAUCCUUUGCAGAGCCAUUACGAUUCCUGGCUGUCUCUAGUGGACCAUCUAAACAUCAAGGCAUUUGUCAACCUUACCCUGGCUGACUCUAUUCGACACGGAGUUCAGAACCUGCUUUUCAUUACAGGAUUUGGUGGAAUGAGGCCAAACACCAUUGUCUUGGGUUUCUAUGAUGACUGCACCCCUCAAGACCACCUCCAAGGUAAAAUUCUUGUGUCUACAGGCUAUGGCUUAGAUGCAGUCUGUCCAACCAAAGACCCUGGAGACCAAAGGUCCCCCUUCUUCCCCAAUGUGCGGGCUGCUGAGGAAGCCAAAGACCUUCAGGAAGAGGAAUAUGUGUCAGUGAUUGCUGACGCUGUAAAAAUGGGGAAGAAUGUGACACUGGCUCGUUACUUCAACCAGUUCAACCGUGAAGAGGUCUUGGGGUCAGAAAGAAAAAUUGGAGGCCACCAAAGCAUGACAGGACCCUUUGUUGAUGUGUGGCCUCUGAAUCUGCUUCGACCAGACAGCCGUGGCUAUGUCGACAUCUGCUCACUGUUCCUCCUGCAGCUGGCCUGCGUGCUUAAAGAGACCCGUGCCUGGAAGCAGGCAAAACUCCGCCUCUUCCUGUGUGUGGAGGCUGGUUGCAGUCUGCAGGAAGAGGAGGAGACGAAACUCAGGGUGAUGCUAAAGGAACUAAGAAUCUCAGCCCAGGUGCAGAUGGUGGCUUGGGACCAGGUGGUAGCGCUGCACUGGCAGAGACAAGGAGGAAGGGAGAGAGGGAAUCUAAUAGAGUCUGCACAGAAUGAAGAGAGUAUGGAGAGAGAAGAAGCUGAAGCUGAAAAUGAAAAGGGUAUCCAGACAUUCCCCAAUAAUGCUGCUCAUCUAACAGAUGAAUAUAUCUGUGCUGUGAACAAUCUGAUUCACCGACAUGGAGCCCCUAAGCCUGCUGUGCGUUUCCUGUAUUUGCCACGCCCACCAGCAGACACAAGCCGCUACUGUGCCUACCUGCACCAGGUGGACCUGUUGAGUCGAGACCUCGGCCCAACAUUACUCAUUCACGGAGUCACACCUGUGGUCACUACUGAUCUCUAGAUUUUUUACUAUCAACUCUUGAUCCAUCAUUGAUCCUGAUUCUGUAUUGUUCAUCAAUGGAAGUGCUUGUUGCCACCAGUUUAUUCACCUGAGAUUUGAGCUGUGAAGCACAGUAUCUGACCUGGGACUGAGAUCAGAAAGUCAUACCCAAAUUUAGCAUUUAUACAGUUAAUAUUUCCCCUACAUAAAUAAGACACUACAAAAUGGUUUUGAAUUCAAGGUUACUUCUGUGAUCCUGAAAGUUAUGAGCUGUGGCAUGCGAUUGUAUAAUUUCUACGUUUGGGGAGGGAAAGGAGGGCAAUUUCUUACAGUUCUCUCCCUCAGUUAAAUUUGGUAUGAGAAAGUAUUAGUCCCAUACUCUUGCUUAACUUGCUUAACAUACUCUUGUAUUCGUUAAAGUAAUUACAUGCUGGAACCGAGCUUCAACAUUGUGAUUGUUUUUUGUUUGUUCAUGUUAAUAGAAAAAAUAAAUUGAAUUGUUAUAUUA